AUGACCACCUACGAAGCCGUACCCAAUACAGAUGGCCAAAUACUGAUCCCCGUCGGCAAGAAGCUAGCUGUUGCUCCUCAACAUAAAUUCCCACGUACUUUACCACCACCACGACGACCACCAGCUAGUGGCGUACCUGCCUCGAAAUACAGGGUUCAAGCACGACCACAAUCACCACCGACUCAUAGUCCUGUCAGAAGAUCUGCUAUUAGAUCUGCUAGUCAACAAGAAGCUUCACGACCUCAGCAGAGCCAAGCCUCAAAAAAUAACUUGAGAAAGAGACUCGAACUCCGACAGGCAGCUUCUUCACAAUGGACAGCAGUUAAUUCUUCAACCGGCGAUGCACAGGCUACAAACUCUGACCCCUUGAACCAUAGAUUUAAAGGUAGCAUACCAGAGCCUGUGAUUACAAAGGAUGAAAUCCCGAUAAAGACAAACGACCAAGUGAAUGCUGAUAGAAUGAAUCUUUCAUAUAUCAUGAAAAACCAACUCGAUGUCCAUACCCUUCGGCCUAUUCGAGGAGGAAAAGAGAAGAAUGUCAUAGACGUAAUUGUGUCCCUGGAGAGCGAUGAGGAUAACUAUGAGGACGAAGAUAAGGAUGAAGAAAUGCCACUGGUACACAGGAAUGAUGUACAUACUCGAUAUCCUUCUUUUCCUACCCAUAAUCGUCUAAAUACUCAAAGUUAUCCCAAUGCCAAGUAUCUUCUAAAUAAUCCAGACAUCACUGCUUCUCUACAGGAAUCUGUGCUCAAUAGCCCCAUGGAAUUUGAGGAUAUUGAACGAGGUAGAAACCUUGAAUUUGAUGAGAGCGCAGGGGUGGCAAAAAUCGCACCGUCUAGGGCCGACUGCAGACUCCCGCACAUUUCGACCAUUGGCGCAACUCAUUCCCAAAGUCACCUCAAUAUGAAAGCUCCCUCACCAUCCACAUCACCCCAUAUCAAUCAAAGUAGUACAAACACAUCCAAGCUAAACACCCUCGGACAUGCGGCUAUAACUACACUCGCCUGUCUUAAAAGCACUUUGGAUUCGGACAAUUUGAACUCCAGCACUACUUAUAGCUCAAGUUUAUCUCCAAAUAAAUCAUGGCCAAGUAAAGAAAACCUUCAAACUUCCAACCUGAAACGACCAUCAACCUUUAUUUCCACGCCUAUACGAAAGUCCAACCAACUUCCAGAAUCCAUAUCACGAGCCUCACUGCCGUCGACCGGACUUGAACCAGCGACUAAAAGAUUACGAAUAAGCUCUCUUUUAAAUCCCGCAUCUUCUCAUGUUAGCCCUGCUUCGGCGACUCCCCAGAACCAAAUAACCAACAUCAUUCAUACCAAAACCCCUAUUCAUCGUCCGAAUAAGCUUGCCAACGAUUCCGGCAACGACAAGUUAAUAACCCCUCCAUCUUCCUCCACCUAUCCAUCUCCGCCUAUAUCACCUUCAUAUGUUCUACCACAACCACCACUAUCCUCAACUCCAUCCAUAAACCCACAAUCCCAAUUUCACCUCCUCUUCUUCAACAACGAAGCUUACUCACCUCUUCCCCCAGCAUCCCCACUAUCCCUAUCUCUCCCCCGUUCAUCCUCCGCACCACUUAUACCCACAUCCACAUCCACAUCCCAAUCCUAUUCUCCAUCCCCACCACCACCCUCACCCACUCAUCGGCACUCCACCACUCACAAAAACCUCACCUACCGCGCAUGGAAACUGCGGCCCUCAAGCUCUCACUCAACACUUACCAACCCCUCUCCAUCACACACCCCACAAUAUCUAAUCCUGAUCCGGCAGGACGACCACUCAAAAACCCCACACACUCAUAAUUCCAAUUCCUCAAAUACUGAUACAGCUGAGAAUAUGGGAAAAUGGUGGACUAUACUCAAUGGAAGAGAGGAGAUGGAGGAAAUCAGGAAGAUAUUCGAAUGA